AUGGAAAUCGAUCUCUUGUCCAUUAUCCUACUCUUCCUGAUUGUUUUAUUCACCUUUCUAUCGAUACGAGACGCACCAAGUCCCGAUGUACACCCACUUUUACUCACUUCACAAUCGGACGUAGCGCGUGUACGCUAUCCCGAAGAAACUUCAGUUUACAAGUCUUGUCAGGCGCAACACGGGCUAUCCUUUUUGAGCUCUCCAAAUAAAUACGUUAAAACUGUUGUUGAUUUGUUUCAGAACGGCGCGUCAACAGGAGGGAAUUUGUUUGGGAGUCGAAAAGAGAAAGUGAAUGAAAGAAUCACGAAUUUUGGAUCUGGACUGAUAAAAUUCACUGAAUUAUCGCCUCAGAAACACGAUCUAAUUGGAAUUUUUAUGGAGAAUCGACCAGCCGCUGCACAUUACAGCUUGAUCUCAGUAUCUCUAUCCUCCAGUCGUCCACUUCUUCAAGAUAUAAUCAACGCAAUAAAUAUCACAGGACUCACCACGAUCAUAGUGUCUCCUGAAACAUUGCCCAUAAUAUUUUCCGCGUCACCUGCUGCUAAAACUCUAAAAUAUAUAAUUUUAGCUACGACAGCUACAACAUCUGUUAGUUUAGAUACUGAACAGAAGGCUAGAUCUCUAGGACUUGAGUUGAAGACUUUUGAGGAUAUUGAAAGAUUGGGUAUUGAGAAUAAGAUUGAACGUGAACCACGAGCAAUUGAACUUACGCAUUCGAAUAUUGUCGCCAGUGUAGCUGGUAUUACGGCCGCUGCACCAACAGCACAUAAACUAAAAUCCUCAGAUGUACAUUUAUCAUAUUUAACUUUAGCUGUCACUUUUGAGAGAACCUUUGUCGCAGCACUCUUAUUUGCGGGAGCAGCAAUUGCUUUCCAUAGUGGUGAUACCUCCAAAAUCUUUAAUGAUGCCCAAGAGGUAAAACCUACAGUGUUUACAAGUGACCCACAAUUCCUAACAAAGUUCCAAGAGACAAUCUUGCAGACGUACGGAAAUCGCUUAUUCUUCAAAAAGGCACUCGAUGCAAAAUUGAGUUGGUUAAAAAAAGGAAGAUUGGUGGGAAACUCAAUUUGGGAUGCACUGGUUUUAAAAGACGUGAAAGCAAAAUUCGGGGGACAAAUUCGAGUUAUUUUUUCUGCAACAGGACCUAUUUCACAGUCUACACUCGACUUUCUUCGUGCUACUGUCGGAUCUCAGGUUAUCCAAACAUACGGACUGACAGAGUGCACUGGAGUAGUUGCCGCGAAUAGUUUUUACGAUUACCAGCCGGCUAAUACGGAUAAAUCUAGUAUUUUGGAGUCACAUGUUGGACCUCCUCUCCCGUGUAAUGAGAUCAAGUUGAUUAAUUGUGAAGCCAAAGGAUAUAAUGUCGAAGAUAUACCUAAUCCCAGAGGCGAAAUAUGUGUGCAUGGUCCUAACGUGAUGAAAGGAUACUACAAAAAUACGGGAGAAACGGCAAAAGUAAUUGACUCUAAUGGAUGGCUUCAUACAGGCGAUAUUGGCAUGAUUCUUCCGAAUGGCACUUUAAAAAUAAUUCACGUAAACUGGUAA